AUGGCUUCUCGCACAGCGCUUCGACAGACUCUGAGUCGCCGUGUCCCCAGACAUGCAUUCACGUUCCGAAGAUACAUCUCAACUCGAGAUAUGACAGCAGCAGACUUGAACAAGCUCAAAGUUGAUCAAUCGCGAUUGAUGGAUACUUUACAUGAUACCUGCAAAUGGGGAACUGGACUGAAAUGGGGGGACAACCCGACCGAUACCGGCAUGUCACGUUUGGCUCUUUCAAACUCGGACAAAACAGUCAGAGAUUGGUUUGUUGAGACAACAAAGGGAUUGGGUUGCAAGGUGACUGUUGAUUCCGUGGGAAACAUUUUCGCAAUUCGCCCCGGUCGCAAAGAUGGACCGCCGACUCUGGCUGGGAGCCACCUGGACACUCAACCCUCUGGCGGGCGAUACGACGGAAUUCUGGGUAUCCAAGCUGGUAUCGAGAUGCUCAAGGUUCUCCAAGACCAUGACGUUGAGACUGAGUAUCCGGUAGGCGUGGUGAACUGGACUAAUGAGGAGGGUGCUCGAUUCCCAAUCAGCAUGAUGGCAUCUGGUGUUUGGGCCGAAUCAAUCCCUCAAGACAAGGUUUACAGUUUGAAGGAAGUCGCUGGAAAUGCGACGGUCAAAUCAGAGCUGGAGAGAAUCGGGUACCUCGGCGAAACACCUGCCAGCUACAAGUCCAACCCGAUCGGAGCCCAUUUUGAGCUUCACAUCGAACAGGGUCCGAUUCUCGAACGAGCGCAGAAGAAAAUCGGCGUCGUACAAGGGGUACAGGCUUACAAGUGGUUCACCAUUGACAUCGCCGGAAGAGAUGCACACACUGGUUCGACGCCGUUCUCCGAUCGAGCAGACGCUCUGCUCCUCGCUGCGAGGUUGAUCACCCACUCGCAUCGCUUGGCUACAAAGCACAAGGCACUCGCGUCCACCGGUAUUCUCAACCUUACACCCGGAAGCACCAACACGAUCCCUGGCCACGUCAGUUUCUCCCUCGACAUCCGAUCGCCCUCGAAUGAGACUGUCGAGAACCUCGAGAAGGACCUCCGCAGAGAUUUCGACCUCUUGGCCAAUGGUACAGACGUCGACGGGCUCCUGGCUGGCUCGACACCUGCGCUACCCCUCUCCCUCAGCUGGCGAACGGACACGAUCUCGACAGCAACCAAGUUUCACCCAGAUUGCAUCCAAGCUGUGAGGGAAUCCGCAGAAUCAAUCCUCGGAAAGGGCGCUGCAGUUGACAUCUCCAGUGGCGCUGGACAUGACAGCGUAUACACGAGCAAGCACUGUCCCACAACCAUGAUCUUUAUCCCAUGCAAAGGAGGAGUAAGCCAUAACCCGGAGGAGUACUCUACACCUGAGGAGUGCGCAAUUGGAGCAGAGGUUUUGUGUCAAGCAGUUGUGCGAUACGAUCAAAAGAGAGCGCAAGAAUAG